UGCGCAUUGUUUUCUGCGUCGGUCUGCCAGCAGUCAGUAAACAUGGCCGUCGUUGGUUUCCGACGGUGGGCCCAGGUUCUUUCAAAGGGAAGAGGCUCCGGCAUUCCAGCUCUUCUUUCCGGCUCCAGGGCAGCAUCUGGCGCUUUGAAGGGCGCUCUACCUGGCGCGUACCCCAAUACUCCAGAGCAGAAAGCUGCUGCUGCAAAGAAGUACAACUUGAGAGUUGAGGACUAUGAGCCUUAUCCAGACAAAGGAGAGGGCUAUGGCGAUUAUCCUAAACUCCCAGACCGAUCUCAGCAUGAGAGGGACCCCUGGUAUCAAUGGGACCACCCUGACCUGAGGAGAAACUGGGGAGAGCCGCUACACUGGGAUUUUGACAUGUUCAUCAGGAACCGUGUGGAUACAUCACCCACCCCAUUGUCCUGGAACACCAUGUGCAAACAGCUUUUUGGUUUCAUCGGGUUCAUGUUGUUUAUGUUCUACCUCGGGGAGAAAUUCCCAUCUUACCAGCCUGUUGCACCCAAACAGUAUCCCUACAACAACCUGUACUUGGAGAAGGGGGGAGAUCCUGAAAAACAGACUGAGGAAGUCAAGAAUUACGAAAUCUAAACCCUAACGUCCCAUUCUACGUGUAUAUAUAUUUCUGUCAAAAAUAAAAACUUCUACCUACA